CUAUAGUAUGGCAUCAAAUUCCUGAAAAGUCUCAGUUGGAAUUCGUGUGUAAUAUAAAUCAAACCUACAGAGUGCACAAUUGCAUGAGAAAAUGCCUGGAGAGCGAUGUGUCAGUGCCAAUAUCGAAGCAACAAAGAAGAACGAAGCCAUGGACAAAGAAACUGGGCUUGUGAAAUGCAUCUGUGAUCGUCCGAUCAGGAACUACGUGUGCAACGUAUGUCUGCGUUAUUGCCGUGGACGCUUGUUCCUUGAAUGCUCGCAGCACCCUUUGUUUCCUGAUGGGAUCAAGUGUUGCCCGUUCUGUGAGGCUCCCAACUGGGUUUUUAUGGAGUCGGUUCUCAGCUGGAAUGUCAUUCGCGAAUACGAGGACCGUAUCUAUGGCCCGGAUAUUGAAAGCACUGAAAUCGAAGAAAUCAUUGAGAACAGUGCAGUUAAACAACAGUUAACAACAAAAGCCGAAGGAGCCAACGAAGGUGUAGACGAAAUUGGUGGAAUCGAAAGAAACGAUGGGGAUGGUGAUGGUGAUGGUGACGGAGACGGAGACGGGCUUGGAGAUGAUGGAGAUCUUAGAAAUCUUGGAGAACUUGGGGACCUUGGAGACAAUCGAGUUGGUGCAGGCGAUGGAGACAAUGGAACUGGUGGAGGCGAUGGAGGUGGUGGACAUCGUGGAAAUGUUUAUCUAGAUUUCGAAUAUUAAUUAAAUAUUAAUUUUAAAUGAACGUUUGAAUCACUCAAACAAUAUUAAUACAAAUAUACAAUUCUUUGGAUCGGUCCUGAAAGCCAA